AACAACAACACUAAGAACAAGAGGUGAAACUUAUGAACUGGUAUGUCUCUCUUCUUUUUCUUUCUUUCCUUCUUCUCCCUCUACUAAUUCCUCUGUUUUUGUUUUUUUUUUCUUGUUUCCAUUUUAAAUCUUCACUAAUAUAUUUUCAAACCAAAAUUAUUAUGAAAAUCCCUCCUUUCUUAAGUUUCUAAAUUGAAGUUCCAAAAAAAAAAAUUCAAAGUUAAACAAAAAUGAGUUUUACUGAUUUUUUGAGAAACAUCAUAGAAUUCAAUAUCUCAAUAAAAAAAAAAUUAAAUGAAGUUUUUUGGGUUUUAAUGAGAUUUGAGGGAAAUAAAGUGUUGUAAUUACUUAAAAUCUUUAUUAGAUUUUUUUAGUUAAAAAUUAAGCGAUAAUUCUGAAUUUUGAAAUUAAAAAGACAAGUUCUAUUCAAUGUGAUUUUGAAACAAAACUUGCGUUUCAAAUCAAAAAACACGCGUUUUGGAACAAGUGCACGGUGCACAUGAUGGUCUGGAGACCACUAUCCAUGCUUUGGUGAUUAUGUACUAAAAUUGCAAUUAUAUUUUUAUCAACAUUUAUUGUUUUAAAUAAUUUACUCGAUGUCAAUAUCUCAAUAAAAAAUUAUAUGUUUAGCAAUAUAUAUCUAUCUUUAUUGUUCAGGAUCAUGUGAGAUAAUUUCCCUAAUAUUAUAGAUCAACAAUACCAUAUGUCUAUUCUUUUUGGUUUUUACCUGUGCGUCGGAGUUGAGAACAAUAGAGAAAUAAGAGAAUAUAUAGGAGUAGAAUGAAAAUAUUAUAACAUUCCUAAGAAUAAGAGUAUACUAUGGUGCUAAUAAAAGAAUAAAAAUAGCUCCAAUGAUAUUAUAAAAGAAUAAAAAUGGAAAAGAACCCAAGCCUUCUAAUGAGGCAAAGGAUUAGGGGAAGUUUAACGUGCCUUGUGGUUAACUUCAAUAGCACACAAUGCAAAGCUACAAAAAUUUCCAACCCAACCACGUGACGUUCAAAACUAUCCAAAGUAUCUCUUCCACAUAUUCCUACAAAAACUCCCUCUUUACUUCUUUUGCCUCAUUUGCAUAUCCUCUUGUAAUAAUAAUUACUUUCCUUUCCCUACUCCAUCUGCCAACAAUGGAGCCAACGUACCCCAUUGCACCACCACCACCACCACCACCAGACGAGCACCACGAAAGGAUGUCGACGACACGAUUCCAUCCUACACAAGCGUUGACAGAUAGAAUCUUGAGGGCUCUUGGGCAUAGGCUGUUCCUCCUUCACAGGUCAGACCCUAAUUUCUACAUAUUGGGAGCCACAGGAAAUGUGUAUAUUGUUAACGUAUCAACCACCCCUGCAUGCACAUGCCCUGAUCGUGCAACCCCAUGUAAGCAUAUUUUGUUUGUGCUUAUUAAGGUCUUAGGGGUUCCCUUAGACGAUCCAUGCCUAAGGAAACGCACUCUAAGGCCUAACCAACUGACUCGACUCUUGGCUAAUCCUAGCUCUAUAUACUCCCUUGCGGGGCCUAGCCUUCGCGAAAGGUUCCACCAAGCCUUCUUCCUUCAAAGGGAGCUUGGUGGGGCGGCGCACACCCCACGCCCUACCAUUGAGGAGGGUGCCGUGUGUCCGAUUUGCCUCGAGGAGAUGGGGAAGACGGGGGAGAGAUUGGUGGCUUGUGGAACAUGUAGGAACUCUUUGCAUGAACAGUGCCUGAUGACUUGGAAAAGGACUCAGAGAAGAAGGUCAUUUAGUUGUGUGAUUUGUAGGUCAAGAUGGAAAGAUAGGGCAAAUCAAGAGAAAUAUUUGAAUUUGGCUGCUUAUGUUAGUGAAGAUAAUCAUAUGGCUUCUCAAAGUGCAGGUGAUACUGGUUGUGGUGAAUAACAUUACCGGUUUAAUUUGGGUGAUCAUCCUUUUUUCAAUUUGUAUAGUGAAGUUGUAUAGAAAUUUCCAGGUUUAUUGAUGUAGACUUGCAUGCAUUGUACAGAAAUAUGUAAUGCUUUAUUUAUUCA